AUGAAUUAUUCAGAUGGACCUUGGGUAAUUUUCCAGCCGUGUGAUAUACUCAAGCAUAGUAAUUGGUCGUAUAGACAACAUUUACAAUGUUGUAUUGCCCAGUUUAUUGGUAUAUGGUCAGGUUAUAUAUUGCCAGUUAUCACUGAGUUAACUACAAUAUUCAAUCUAUUAAUCUGCGUAUCAAUUACACUGAAUGGCUGUCAAGUAUCGAAACAAAUGAUUUACAUAUCCGGUGUCUGUUUAUUCCGCGUUAUAUCGAAUGGUGUGUUUGUGUGGUUGCGCCAAUUUCCUUCUGUUGGUCUACCCUAUGCAACAAAUCAAAAGACAUACUUCACAUUUAUAUUUAUUUCUCCGUUCGCCUGCCGUCUUUAUCGUUUUGUCUACAUAUUUUCUUGUACGGCAAUGUGUAAUAUGCGAGUGUGUGCUUCAUUGUUUCGGUGUUUAGCUGUUUGCACGCCAGUAAAGUAUAAAAGCUGUUCAAAUUGUUAUGCAUGGUAUAUUUAUGGUAUGAUAAUUAUGCUCAGUGCUUUUCUAAUGCUUCCAUUUGCAAUAUACACAGAUUGGUUUGCAAACAAUGGUAAAAUAAGAUGUUGUUAUAAUCCACAAGAUGUCAGCUUACAGAUUUAUCAAGCUCUAGUACCAAAUCUUAGUCCAGUGCAGAAUAUCCUAUUGAUUCCUUUGGAUUUAACGUUUCUCAUCAAACUUCGACAACACAUGCAUGGAGUUUUGAUGAUUAAAUUAACUCAGGUAGAGCUCACAUUCAUUUUUAUCGCAGUGCCACAUGGUGUAUUCUACUUACUCGCUAAGGUAUAUACUGUGAAAUCAUAUGAAAGGAGAGCAGAUAGUUUUCGGUUUAUAGCUCAAGUUUUCUAG